UCGUUCCUCACGUCACUUCUCUCACCGUCAUGGCGGCCCGUGUCCUGCAGCAGUGUGCCCGCUCGCUCGCCCGGCCCUCGCUGAGGCUCCUCUCCGGUAACCUGGCAGUUAGAGCCGUGGCCGGCCCGGCAGUAGCCAUUCACCGACCCCUGUCCUUCGUCGUAGACAGCCGGAGGACGCGGUCGCUCGCUCAGAGCCGGGUCCCCUCAGUGGGUGUGUUGUGCCGACAGUAUGGAGACCUGCCCCCCCUCACCCUAGAGACCAUCAAAGACCGUGUUCUGUACGUCCUCAAGCUUUACGACAAGAUUAACCCUGAGAAGCUGCAGACAAGCUCCCACUUUAUGAAAGACCUGGGUCUAGACAGCUUGGACCAGGUGGAGAUCAUUAUGGCCAUGGAGGAUGAGUUUGGCUUUGAGAUCCCAGACGCAGAAGCAGAGAAGUUGAUGACUCCUGAGGGGAUUGUACAGUACAUCGCAGACAAGAAGGACGUUUAUGAAUAAUUUGUUCUAUUAAUCACUUACGAGAGAGGUUUGUUCCCACAGGCAGAUGGGCACUGAACUAUUUUCCACUUACUCCCCAUCAUCUCUUCUGUCCUCUACGGCAUCAUUGUUGUCAGCUGCCGUGUGUUGUGUUCUACUGUAUUUAAAUGAACAUGUGCUUCAGGAGCUCGGAGAUAAAAACAAAAUGUUAAAUAUGGUUAUAUCACAGUUUGGAUUUUUUUUUCUUCCGGCUCGACCCUGUGAUUCUGAUGUAUAAUUUCUCAUGAAUAGAUCAAUAAAGACACAUGAUGUAA